CUCUGCAUUACUACGACGGGCCAGAAGCUUUCGGACUGGAACCUAGUUUGGCGAAUGCAAAGAAGUAAUGGCCUAAAGAGCCUGAACGAUAUAAAUGAACAGUAAUAACUUGUUUUUUAACCUGGGGAAAGUGAUUAUUUGCACAAAAUAUUACAGCCCUGACUUAUUUCAUGAACGAGGAUCAAGAGAGACCGUGAGAUGUGUUUCACUCGUGGAGAAAAGUGAAGGGAAACAUGCUCAGUGUUUAAAAGUGAUAUUGAAUGCUGAUACGAUCUUUGCCAAGUUACUUUGGAAACAGAUCACUACCUCGCGUUUCUUUGGUGUUCAUUUAUCAUCAUGGCUUUAUUCCCAGUUGAGAAGCAAUACUGAAAGAAACGAGCAGCUGUCCUCUGCCUUUAAUGGCAUGAUUGAUCUUGGUGAAUCAUGUUCAAUCAAUAUACAAGGAGAGCUAAGUGAGAUGAAGAUUCCAACAUUUUGUAAAAUUGUGGUGAACAUUGGUGUUCAGCCUUUAGCACGUUUAUGUCUGGAGCCUGAUCUCAGGUGGUCAAAGCGACUUGUAGCUGAGCUUGUAGAGUUCAUGCAGUUACAAGAUGUGAUGGCAUGGUUGUCAACCUUAGGAGGGGCAUAUUCUGCAAUGGGAGACCAUCUUUGUAGUUAUUCUGAGAAAGCUGGUCAGAUCUCUCAACAUCAGUUACUUGUGGCCUUGAGAUUAGGGAAUCCAAUUCUUGUGGCACAGUGCAAAGUCUUUGCUGCAUUUAGUUUUAUACAACGUGGACAGCUGAAACUAGCAGCUAAGAUAGUAAGGGAGCAGUACGCACUUGCAACAUCUCAUGGUGUUGGAAGAGAUGAUAAGCUGAUAUCGUCAUGUAAAGCUGCUUGGCACAGAAUAAAACACUUGAAAAAACAGAAAAAGAUUGACCAAGAAAUCAUGAAAUCAAUCACAUGAUAUGGAGCAUUUAGCUGUUUUGAUGUUCCCCAUCUGGUCUUGCCAAUAUUUGUCAUCUUAUUGCUGGACAAACUUGUAGUAAUUUGUCACUCUUCUUCAAGAAGCAAUUGGAGGAGAUUUCUGAAUGAAUGCAAUGUACCUUGCGAGUAACUUACAGACAACUGAUGAUAUUGAAAAUUAUACUAUCAGUAUUAUAACAGUUCUUUACUCUGCUGACAAUUUCAGUAAAGGACAGUCAGGCAAAUGCAACCAGCAGGAUAUCUUGUGUCAGAAGGCUGUUAUAAAUUUAAAAUGUAAUUUAGAAAAGCCUGUCUAAGGACCCAUACAAACAAUAAAACAAAACCAUGUAUGACAAAAAUUACCCAUUAAAGUAAACCAGUUAACCUUCAAACAUGGAAGUUAACAGGCUGAGCUUGCAUGCAGUUAGUGACAUAAAUGUGGGUUAUUUGAGGGACAAUCACCAAUUUGGAAGAAUUAAAACUUAAAAUGUAGGUUUAGUGCUGUGAGGGAUCUGGAACAUGAUUCCUUGUUCUUACUGCUAUUAGGAAUAAGUUUGAUAUAUUAAUAUAAAUAUGUGUGUUUGGA